CUCCAGCAUGUCUUGAUGUCUUUUCCUCGUCCGACAGCGAUGCGGUCAGCGGUGUAAAUGGGGUCUGAAGGUGUUUUCACACUUGGAUCCACUGGAGAGAUUUUUCUUGACCCGAGGCUGUUUGUCCCUGAGAGUUUUGUCUGUUGAAGUGUGAAGUUGAAUCUGGAUGUGCAGCAACACAAGAUAAAGUGAUGACGUGUCCUGUUGCAAAUCAUAAUGCAGAAAGUCUCUCUCUCCGGUGCUUUCUGUCGGUGCACGAGGAACUCCGGUCAGUUUCUCGUCUCUGUGACUCACGGCUGCCGAGGAUGGACGCUCGGAUCUUCACCCUGCAUGUCCUGACGCUCUGCUGCCUCAUUCACGGCUCCCUGCAGGGUGUGUAUCAGCGGCGUCUCUACAAGGAGCUGAUGAGGAACUACAACCCGUUAGAGCGACCGGUCAGCAACGACUCCCACAGCCUGACCGUCCACUUCAGCUUCAGCCUGCUGCAGAUCAUGGACGUGGUUUACAUGUCACUCUGCAGCCACAGUGUUGCUCUUGUGUUUGCAGAGGUUCCUGGACGGAGGAACGAGCGUUUCUACGACUGCUGUAAGGAGCCGUACCCUGACGUGACCUUCACCGUGGUGAUGAGGAGGAGGACGCUCUACUACGGGCUCAACCUCCUCAUUCCCUGCGUCCUCAUCUCCACCCUCGCACUCCUCGUCUUCCUGCUGCCCGCCGACUCUGGAGAGAAGAUCUCCCUGGGUAUCACGGUGUUGCUUUCUCUGACAGUCUUCAUGCUGCUGGUAGCUGAGAUCAUGCCGGCAACAUCUGACUCUGUUCCUCUCAUAGCUCAGUACUUUGCAACCACCAUGGUGAUCGUGGGUCUGUCGGUCAUCGCUACAGUUCUGGUUCUGCAGUAUCAUCACCACGACCCUGACGGAGGACACAUGCCACAAUGGACCCGUGUGAUUCUGUUGAACUGGUGCGCCUGGUUCCUGCGGAUGCGGCGUCCUGGUGAGGCAAAGGUCCGUCUGGCGUGCCACAAUGCCGCCAAGCGUCGUCGCGGCAGCCUGUCCAGCCUGGAGCUCAGCGUCAGCCAGGGGUCUCUGCGACACCCCCCGCAGGUGACCAACGGGAACCUCCUGUACGUCGGCUUCCGGGGCAUGGAGGGACUGCACUACGCCGCACCCGCCGAACCUGAGCUCCUCUGUUCACGGCUGGUGGGAAGCGGCUUGGCCGGGGAGGAGGACGUGGUGAGAGCAGGGGGCGGAGCCAGAGGACGAGGCGGAGGAGCGGCAGGGGGCUCCACUCUAGAGGCAGAACUGAACCAGAUCCUGGAGGAGGUGAGGUACAUUGCCAGCCGUUUCCGUGGCCUGGAUGAGGAGGAGACGGUCUGCAGCGAGUGGAAGUUUGCCGCAGCGGUGAUCGACCGGUUGUGUCUGGUUGCGUUCUCACUCUUCACCAUCCUGUGCACCAUCGGUAUCCUCAUGUCGGCUCCCAACUUUGUUGAGGCCAUUUCCAAAGAUUUCUUCAACUGAGGAGGUGGAGACCCUGAGAUCAGCUGUCUUUUUAUAUUACUGUCAACAAAUCCCAUGUACAGACCCAAAGCAACAACAUCUGUCCCUCAGCAGUGUGACUUCCUGUCUGUGGCUCUCAGCCCCGAGCCCAUUGGUUCCUACUGAAUAUAUAGUUUCAUUUUUAAUGUUUUAUCUUUGUCGUACACGACUACUAGCCUGGUUCCAGACCUUUAAAUCGUUCCCCACUUCCUUUUUGUCAGUGAUUCAGUUAUGUUUGGUGUUGUUCUCAGUGAUGGUCGUUUCCCUGCGCUGGAAAAGCAGUUGAGGCAGACAGAGUUGUAAAGGGAAAUAUACUUUAUGGACCCUCCCAACAAACGCAGGGGUGUUCUAGAUCAAUGGCAAGUUGGAAUAGAUAAUCGGCCCAAAUGAUCCUGUAGUGUGAUGGGUUUAUGGAUGUAAUCUUAAAGGAGACCAAUUAAACUGCUUUUCCAGUCCUA